AUGGCAUCCGCUUCGUUUCGUGACUCGAUGAAUUCCUUGGGUUGGGCUAGGAGGGAGCCAGAAACCGCACCUACAAACCAAUCCUCGAACUCGAUAUUCUCGUCACUUCAAUCACUUAACCCUUUUGCGGACCGCGGUUAUGUUCAGCUUCCUGCUCAAGAUGGUCCUGGAGCACCAUUACCGCUCCCAACGAGGCGAGAGGAAGAGGAGGCAUGGUUUGCUUGUGAGUCCCAUGACUUAUUCUUCAUUAAGACCGUACAGUCGAUUUCAUGUCAUCUCUAUGGCCAGGGUGCAAGUGACACACCUCAGUUCCUGCGUCCGCGCGGUCUCACAUGA